UUUAUAUCCUUUUUGUGAGGAAGUUGAUAUAGCACAAUACAAAACCAAUCACUUUGAUAACUUUCUGAUCUCCAACUUUUGUGCCAGCAACUUUUUGAGUUAUACAAACCUCAAUUUGGGAUGGAGAGAUCUUCUUCCUUGGCACGUUUGUUAGCUGAAGAGUUUCAGAAUCUGAUUAAUAUGAGAAAUUUUGUGCUGAAGAGAGUUGAAGAAGCAAGUGGAAAAAAUGAACAAAUCAAUGGUGCUGUUCGGGUGUGGCUAGAUGAAGUGGAGAAACUGCUCGUAGAAAAAAUGAAUCUGGAGAGAAAAACUGGUCUGAUGGUGAACCCUGAGUGGUGCUCUGACAUGAUAAAGAAAACAAAGAAGCUUCAUGACCAAUGCAAAUUUGAGCUAUUUACCAUCCCAAGUGGAAUAUCAAGCGAGAAUAAAAGUGGAAGAACCGCUCAAAAUUCCAUCAUAGCUGAUCAACAUGGAAAGCCAAAAACAACUUCUCCAAGUGUGGAGUCAGGACCAACUCCAGGUAAAGAGUCAUCAUUCUCUUCACAUGUAGUAAAGUCUAGACCUAUCUCGAGUCGAGGUGCUAUGUUGGACUCUACACGUGUAGAGUCCAAUAUAACUCCACGUUUAGAGUCCUCCAACUUUUCCGGAAAGUUUGUAUCCUCAAACUCUACAAAAGAGACUUCAGAUCCAGUACUAUUGAAGUCUAGAAAAGAUGAAAUUGCAAAUCCAUUUCCAUUUCCAAAGUCCACAUUAACUCCACAAGCAAAGUCCAUUAUCCCCAUUGUCCAAAUUCCACCACGUGAUGAGUUCUCCAACAUUUCCAGAGAGUUUGUGUCCUCCAACUCUACAAAAGAGCAAUCAGAUCCAGUACUAUUGAAGCCUAGAAAAGAUGAAAUCGCAAACCCAUCUCCAUUUCCAAAGUCCACAUUAACUCCACAAGCAGAGUCCAUUAUCCCCAUUAUCCAAACUCCACCACGUGAUGAAUCCUCCAUUUUUUCCGGAAAGUUUGUGUCCUCCAACUCUACAAAAGAGACUUCAGAUCCAGUACCAUUGAAUCCUAGAAAAGAUGAAAUUGCAAACUCAUUUCCAUUUCCAAAGUCCGCAUUAACUCCACAAGCAGAGUCCAUUAUCCAAACUCCAUCACAUGAGGAGUCCUCCAACUUUUCUAGAAAGUUUGUGUCCUCCAACUCUACAAAAGAGACUUUAGAUCCAAUACUAUUGAAGCCUAGAAAAGAUGAAAUUGCAAUCCCAUCUUCAUUUCCAAAGUACACAUUAACUCCACAAGCAGAGUCCAUUAACCCCAAUAUCCAAACUCCACCACGUGAUGAGUCCCCCAACUUCUCCAAAAAGUUUGUGUCCUCCAACUCUACAAAAGAGACUUCAGAUCCAGUACUAUUGAAGCCUAGAAAAGAAGAAAUUGCAAACCCAUCUCCAUUUCCAAAGUCCACAUUAACUCCACAAGUAGAGUCCAUUAUCCAAACUCCACCACAUGUAGAGUCCUCUGCUUUUUCAGAAAAGUCUGUCCCUUUAAAAGAGGUUCCAAGAAAUUCAUCUCCAAGAAAUAUAGAGUCCAACUCAACUGGAGGGUCAAAACCAAUCCCCAGUACUUCACAUUCAAAGUCCAGCUAUUAUGGAAAUCCAGUGUCUUAUAUCUCUCCAAGAGGAGGGGCUUCAAAUCAAGAGUUGAAAGAACAAAAAGAUGAUACUAGUCGUGACAAAAUUAGAAUCUCAACUCCAGUUUUACACUCACUCCCUUCUGGAAACUUUGAGUAUUUCCACUCAACGAAACAAGCUUCAGAGAAGAUUUUGGAGGCACUGAAAGAUGAUAGUUGUUGUGUAAUUGGAUUGUAUGGAAAGAAGGGCUCGGGUAAAACAGCGUUGGUGAAAGCUGAGAAAGCCAAGUACUCAGAGAUUUUCCAAAGAGUUUUGUUUCCCAGUGUGUCUAAAAACCAAGAUAUCUUGAGCAUUCAAGAGCGAGUUGCUAACUCUUUGAAUCUCCAUUUUGAUGAAGAUGUCACUCAAGUCACGAGAGCAAUAAGAAUAAAUUCAGAAUUUGAAAAGAUAGAAGGAUCAACUCUUGUCAUCUUGGAUGAUUUUCCGAAAAAGUCUAAGCCAGAAGACUUAGGUAUUCCUUGUAAUAGCAAACAGUGCAAGGUCCUUUUGACUACACGUCUCAAAACUGAUUGCAAUUGGCUAGGAUGUAAGCCUUCGAUUCUUCUUGACCCAUUAUAUAAAGAGGAAGCUUGGACAUUAUUACAACACCUUUCAGAUGUUGACUCCCAACCCAAUCUAUUCGAUGUGGCGCGAGAAAUUUCUUUUAAAUGCAAUGGGCUACCUGGCUUAAUUAAGGAUGUGGCAUCUUCCUUGGAAAAUAAGACGUUUGAGGAGUGGAAAGAAACAUUAGACACACUUAAUCACUCAACAGCUCGCUACCAGAUAUUUGUUAGCUUCAGAGGAGAUGACACUCGAGAUGCUUUCACAGAGUCUCUUUGUGAAGCUUUGUCCCAAAUGGGAUUCAAGACCUUCAUGGAUCAAGAAGCAUUAGAUGGUGGGGAACAAAUUUCAAAAGUUCUUGAAGCAAUUGAAGAAUCAAGGUUUUCAAUUGUAGUUUUAUCCAAAAACUUUGCAGAUUCUGAAUGGUGUCUCAAAGAACUUGUCAAGAUUCUAGAAUGUAAGAAAAGGAAUCAUCAGCUCGUUUUGCCAAUCUUUUAUAAAGUGCAGCCCACAGAUAUAAAAAAUCUGAAAGAGAGUUAUCGCAUAGCCAUGGCCAAACAUGAAGAGAAGUUCGGAAUUGCUUCAGAGAUGGUACUGAAAUGGAAGUCAGCUCUAGUUGAAGUUUCCUCCUUGGUUGGAAGGACUUAUGAAGGGUCCAAAGCUGAAUUUAUACAAAAGAUCGUAGGAUUUGCCAUUGAAAAAAGACAUCGCUUGCAUAUACAAAGCAUGUACAUGAAUUAGAAGAAUGGCUUCUAUUUCUCUUACGUACAUCGAGUGCAACUCAAGGCAACUCAUUACAUAUGAUUAAUGGCACACAAAAGGAUUGCGAUUAAUGUAUUUUUUCAUCCACAUUUUCUUAGAACAAAUAUCUACUCAUAUAUAAUGAAUAAAUCAUCUGGAGAAGAGUUAUUUAAGGUGAGCAUGUUUUUUAAAGUAUGUAAGCAAUUGGCAAUAUGCUUACCCAUAAUUUAAUUUAAAUUGUAUUUUAAUAUCAA